GGAUGGGAAUCAUCAGUCGGCACCGCCGGAGAAGGUCGGCUGGGUCCGGAAAUUCUGCGGGAAAGGGAUUUUCAGGGAGAUUUGGAAGAACCGCUACGUGGUGCUGAAAGGGGACCAGCUCUUCAUCUCUGAGAAGGAGGCUUCUGGUCACUUCCAGCCCAAAGCCAGGGAUGGCUGGGAAGGGGUAGCCCUGGAGGAGCCAAGCCUUGCCAAAACGAAGGGAGCUGUGUGACCAUCUGUCCUCACCAUCAUCACCCCCUGGUCCAGGACAAUUUAGAGGAUGGACAGACCCACUCCACCACCAUGUAGUCCCACGACAUCAUGCCAGAAUUUGGAAGCGGGGCUCCUUUGUGAAACAGUUCCAGGCAGGGAGGUAAAAGAUGAGAAAAAUAUUCAAGAGGUGUUUGACCUGAGUGACUAUGAGAAGUGUGAAGAGCUCCGGAAAUCCAAGAGCAGGAGCAAGAAAAAUCAUAGCAAGUUUACCCUUGCGCACUCCAGACAACCCGGCAACACAGCACCCAACCUGAUCUUCCUGGCCGUGAGUCCAGAGGAAAAGGAGUCCUGGAUCAACGUCCUCAACUCUGCCAUCACCAGAGCCAAGAACCGCGUCUUGGAUGAGGUCACUGUUGAAGAGGAUAGCUAUCUCGCCCACCCCACUCGAGACAGAGCGAAAAUCCAGCACUCCCGCCGCCCCCCAACUCGGGGACACCUCAUGGCUGUGGCUUCCACCUCUACCUCAGAUGGGAUGCUGACCUUGGACCUGAUCCAAGAGGAAGACCCCUCCCCUGAGGAGCCAGCCUCUUGUGCUGAGAGCUUCCGGGUGGACCUGGACAAGUCUGUGGCCCAGCUGGCAGGGAGUCGGCGGAGAGCAGACUCUGACCGGAUCCAAUCUUCCUCAGACCGGGCAACCAGCCUCCCUCGACCUUGGGAAAAGCCAGACAAGGGGGCCACCUACACCCCCCAGGCACCCAAGAAGUUGACCCCCACAGAGAAAGGCCGCUGUGCCUCCUUGGAGGAAAUCCUGUCUCAGCGGGACGCUGCCCCAGCCCGUACCCUCCAGCUGCGGGCUGAGGAAUCUCCAGCCCCCAGCCCACCCCACCCGGGCCAGCUGUCCCGGAUCCAGGACCUGGUAGCAAGGAAACUCGAGAAGACACAGGAGCUGCUGGCAGAAGUUCAGGGACUGGGAGAUGGCAAACGCAAGGCCAAGGACCCCCCACAGUCUCCACCCGACUCGGAGUCUGAGCAGCUGCUGCAGGAGACCGAGCGGCUGCUAGGAGAGGCGUCCUCGAACUGGAGCCAGGCAAAGAGAGUGCUGCAGGAAGUCAGCGAGUUGAGGGACCUGUACAGACAGAUGGACCUGCAGACCCCCGACUCCCACCCCAGACAGACCACCCAGCACAGUCAAUAUCGGAAGAGCCUGAUGUGAAGGACAGGAACAAGGUCUGGAACUUGGUGGGGGGCUUAUAGAUUCUUAUCUCCAGGUGUUGCAGGAUAAAGUUUUUUAUUUACCUCAGUCAAAAAAAAAAAAAAAAAACACCAUUGAACUCACUGCUCUUGCUGGUGCCUGACCCCCUAAGCCUUUGUCCCCCUACCCACUUUCCUUACUCAACUCCCCCUCCUACUUGGCCCCUAUAACAGUAGUAAGGAGCUUCACCUGCACCGAGAAGGACACAGUCUGCUCCUUUUACACAGCCCUCCCACCCCCCAGCAGUGGGGAGUUGUCCAGCACAUGCACAGCCUUCUGAGUUCAGAGGGAGCUGCGGCAGAGGGGUUUCUCGUAUGUCCCAUUCCAGGUUCUAUCUGAGGGUGAAAUUUCAGCUGCCCAACUUCAGUUCCAGGAAUGUGGAGGACAGUGCCACCUGUCCACGCCACAGGAGAAGUGAAAUUUACCCCAGCCCUGAGGAGGAUAUGUGGAAUUCAAAUCUCCCUGCCCAACACUGGCUCCUCACCCGUAGUCGUUAGUCUCUGGUUGAGAUUGAACUACGUGGGGCUGGGGCUGUAGCUCAGUGGUGGAACACCUGCCCCUCGUGCAUGAGGACCCGAGUUCAACCCCAGUAUCAUGAAGCGAGACUGAGCUGCUAGGAGGUGCUUUCUCCAUCUCCCAAGCCCUUCCAAGCGUGGAGUCAAAGAUACACCUUUGGAUGGUGGGACUGGUUUGGUCAUUUGACUAGGGGGUGACUAGCAUAGGGGAAAUGGGGACAGCUGACCCCAUGGAAGAACUGAACUAAGAAUGAAACUGAUUUGCAAUGCAGGCUGGGUAGGAAAAGGGGGAAAACCAAACCUGGGCCUGGGUUCCUCUUUCUGCCAAGUGAGGGUUUCCUGUUGCCACUCCCUGUCCUUCCUCAGGCUGCUCCCACCAGUAAGCAGAUCCGGAUCAGCUUUAAAAGUCGUGUCUGCCUCACAGGCUUCUCUGUGGUCCAUCCCACACAACUCGUUUUGUUUGCUGCUUUUCACUGAGAUUUUUUGUUUGCUUUUACAGUACUAGGGGCUGAGCCAGGAGUGCUCUACUACUCAGGUACACCCCCAGCCCCUGAGUCAGAGGUUACAGGCAUGUACAACCGCAUCCAGCUCUAUAGAGUUUCUAAGAUCUGUGAGUAACAGUGCCAAGGUCUAGAAGAAAGUUGUGAAGGCAAGAUAUGAGUGAUUUUUGGAAAGAAGGGGUCAGAGAGCAUCUGGAUCGAGUGAAUAAGGGGUUAAAAACACUUAUGUCCCUUGUGAGCUUCUCUUGAUCCUCUUCCCUAGGUCUCUUCUCACAACCAAGAGCCAAGUCCUAGAGCUUCCCUCGGGGAGAAGGGAGAGGAAAUAGGGACAACCCGCAUAUAGAUACCAGCCAUGAGCCUGUUGGAUGUUAGGAAAAUUGGGUAGGAAGGAGGGAGGAAAAUCCUUCUGGAGAAAGAGAAGGACUCAAUUCCUUUUGUGUGUGUGUGUGUGUGUGUGUGUUGCUGGGAUUGAACCCAGUACCCGGUGCAUACGAGGCCAGCACUCUGCCACCUGAGCUAGAUCCCCAGCCCCCCUUCUUCUAUUCUUGACAUUGCUCCUACAGCCACAUUAGAUAAGGGAAUCUCUCCAAGUUAAACUGUCUCUAGGGAGGAGGGAUUCCUGCUCUCCUUUUAGACCCCCACCACUCACUGUCAUGAAAGUUCUCUGUCCAUGCGGCCUAGAGUUGUCUAGUCUCUUCAGGGAGGAAAAAGUAUUCUGUUGGAUUCAGGGAAAGUGCACUUACUGUCAUCACCAGCAUCUUCUGGGGGAUGAGAUGAGGGAACCUAGUUCUUCAGGUUUCCUGUCCUCCAAAUAGACUUCACUCUCCAAAAUUCUAAACCUGGUCAUCAGCGUCACCCAUUGCCACAUGAAAGUCUGAGUUAAAUUUUUAUUUUCUCUUUA